AUGUCCUGGGCCGGAUUUAAGAAAAAUGUCAACCGUGCUACGACCACGGUGAUGAUGAAGACUGGCCAUGUGGAAAAGACCAACGAUAGGGAUUACGAGGUUGAGGAACGCCGAUUCAAAACCAUGGAGGCGGCGUCCCUCCGACUACAAAAGGAAGCCAAGGGCUAUCUCGACUCUUUACGAGCCAUGACUGCCUCGCAGAUGCGAAUCGCCGAGACAAUAGAUGCGUUCUACGGCGACGCGGGUGCAAAGGACGGUGUUAGCCGAAGCUACAAGCAAGCUGUCGAGGACCUGGAUGCGGAGACUAUCAAGGCGUUGGACGGCCCAUAUAGGACGACAGUCUUGGAGCCCAUCUCUAGAUUUUGCUCCUACUUUACGGACGUGAACGAAUGCAUUAAGAAGCGCGGUCACAAGCUCCUCGACUACGAUGCACUCCGAGCCAAGGUGAAGAAGCUUGUCGAGAAACCGGACAAGGAUGUCACCAAGCUACCCCGCGCAGAGAAGGAGAUGGAAAUGGCCCGAGUGGCGUACGAACAGCUAAACGAACAGCUCUGCACCGAGCUUCCCCAGCUCAUCGACCUCCGCGUCCCCUACCUAGACCCCAGCUUCGAGGCACUCGUCAAGAUUCAGCUUCGAUUCUGCGCUGAGGCCUAUAGUCGGAUGGCCCAGGUACAGCAAUAUCUCGACAAAGAUACUCGAGAUCAGUAUGCCGAGGGCCAACUCGACGCCAGGGUCGAACAGGUGUUGCAGGAAAUUCGUGAACUUAGCAUCAGCGGAACGGUGUAA